AUGCCCAUAAUCGUUUUAUUGGGCUUCAGUUGGUUGUAUAUAAUCUGUAUCACAACAAGAGCCACUCAGUAUAUUCAAAAUGAUGUAAGGAAUGGCACACGUUGGAUUUAUGUCGAAUUUUUUGAGUGUCCGUCAGUUCUUAAAAUCAAUGUGAAUACAAUUCGAGCAGCGUUAGCUCGCUGGAUCAAUGAAGAAUGUGCUACAGCUAUUCAAUGUAACCUGGUGAGUGCAGUGGAAGUAAAAAAUGUCUUGGUUGGCACUAUUUUCUGUGGCACACCAAAUAAUUUUAUCACAUUCCUUGUGCUAAGGAAUGCCACCACUUAUGCAUUUCUGCAAGCCAAUCACCUUGAUUUAAACAUCGUCGGUAAAGUAAUACAAUCCAGGGAACACUUAUUGUCUGCGUUGCUUCAUUCAGACUUGAAACUUGUAACGACACGAGUGUUCAAUGAAGAGACGAGUGGAGCUAGUAGUUUAUGCGCAGAGAAAUAUUAUGGAGCGCAAAUCUGUAAGUUCGAGUCAUUCCUUACUAGCUCUACAACUCCUUCGGAAUUAGUUAAAUUCCUGUUAACACUACAAUUUAAUGAAGGGAAUCGCAUGGUAUUUUAG